AAAGAAGAAGCGUCGCACGCGGUGUUCCCGAGCUCGUGCGUGCUAGUGCCUGGGCCAUCGGAUUCCUUCGAGGACCGAGGAGUUCCUGACGACGACGUCCACUGGAUAUCGCUGACGGAGGAGCACUCGCGAGCUUACGUGCGCCACGUCGGACGAGCAGGCACGUGAUCACGGAGAAGCAGCUCGGAAUCCUUGGUACCGCGCUCGGAACGUGGCGCCAUGGAGCGCGUGCUGCAGUUUUCCGUGCUGGUGUGGAAGAACAUGUACCUUCGCCGCCUGAGGGUGCGUCCGAUCGCCUUCGUUGUCGAGAUUCUCAUGGUGACCGUGCCGUUCAUCAAGAUCCAGAACGAGCGCGGCGUCGGCGGUAACGACGCCGUGGUCAGCAGCAUCAUAUACCCCGUGUAUACGCCGGACUUAUCAGACCUGAGGCUCGACACCGUUAUCUACGGACCGGUGAACAACUACACGCGCCGCAUCAUCGGUAUCGUCGAGAAAUCCCUGCCAGGAGUCGCGUUGAAGUCGAUGAUGGACGAGGUGGAAAUGGCGCGGGUGCUCUUCUCGAGGAACGUGACGCCCAACACACUCGGUCUGUACUUCCACACCGAGUCGCUCGGUGACGACGUGCCCCACGAUCUGACGUACACCAUCAUGUUCUCGAGCGGUGCGUACAAGAUCACCAAGGCCCACGAGGAGGUCACGCAAAGUGGACCCUCGCAACUCGAAGACACCAUGUCGCUACGAGUUGCGGCCGUACAAGUGGCAGUGGACUUGGCGCACAUCAGCGAACUGGAGCUGCGUCGCUCGAGUAACCGCUCCCACGAGCAGCUGGCGGUCAAGUUGCGUCAGUUCCCGUACCCCACGUACCACGAAGACACCGACAACACCAUGUUCCUCAUAGGCAUGCGCUUUGGCGUCGCGUACGCUUGGCCCUUCUGCCUGGUCAUCACGCGUGCCAUCGAGGAGCGCCAGAGCGGCAUGCAGGCGAGUGACAUCGUGGCCAAGGUUCCAGCGCGGACUUUCAUCUAG